UAACAAUAAUAGGGAAUGAAAAAGGCGGAGUAGAACUAGGGUUUGGAUCCUGGUUUCCCUCGGAGUCUAUAUAUAGUGGAGGUGUAGGUAUUGGGGGACGGAAACGAUACCUCUUCCUCUGAUACAGCCAUGGCGCAGGAGAGGUCAACCGGGGUGGUUAGAUGGUUUAGCGAUCAGAAAGGGUUCGGCUUUAUCACUCCCAACGAGGGCGGUGAAGAUCUCUUUGUGCACCAAUCGUCCAUCAAGUCCGACGGUUUUCGCAGCCUCGGAGAAGGCGAGACCGUUGAGUUCCAGAUCGUCCUCGGGGAAGAUGGUAGGACCAAGGCCGUAGAUGUCACCGGACCUGACGGAUCUUCCGUUCAGGGAAGCAAGAGAGACAGCUACGGGGGUGGUGGUGGCGGCGGUGGAAGGGGUGGCCGCUCUGGGGGCGGGUAUGGAAGCGGAUGGAGAACUGGUGAUAGGGGCGGCAAUGGUGGUGGCGGUGCCGCUUGUUAUAAUUGUGGCGGGACCGGGCAUUUGGCUAGGGAUUGCGUCCGAAGAAAUAACGGCGGCGGCGGCGGCGGUGGCGGUGGUGGUGGAGGAGGCGGAGGCGGAGGUUGUUAUACCUGUGGUCAGCCAGGACAUUUGGCUAGGGACUGUUCCCGUCCAAGCGGCGGAGGCGGUGGCGGUGGCGGUGGCGGUUGUUAUAACUGUGGUGAUUAUGGGCACCUGGCUAGGGAUUGCACUCUGGAAAGCGGCAGCGCUGGUAGGUUCGGUGGUGGCGGCGGUGGAGGCGGUGGAAGGUUUGGUGGCGGUGGCGGUGGCGGUGGAUGCUACAACUGUGGACAGGAAGGGCAUUUUGCUAGAGAAUGCCCUAACCCUAACCCAUCGUGAUGAAGGGAAAAGAGGAGUAAUAGUAUACAUUCUCUUUUUUCCAGCAUCUUCAGUUUAAUUUUUUGUUUUGGGGUUUAUACAUAGGAUCUUUUGGCAAAGAGUGAUGUUUUGGUGUGUCCAUUCCAAGUUAUGAUCCGGAGUUAUGAAAGAGUUUUCUUGCUUCAUAUGCGUA